AUGAAUCGCCUUCUCUGCAGCGGUUAUGCCGUGCCCAUCCAAUUGGCCUUGCGGCGCACUCCUCAGUUUCCGACAACUACUCCCUUGGUAGCUGUCCGAUAUGCCAGUCUGUCGGCCAUCCACCGCGGAUUGCGCCGGUCUGACAGGAUACAGUACGGCUCCGUCCGGCCGCGGGACGACUCAUCUCUCGAGCAGAGCAUGAAAUCAAGCAGGCGAGAUGACAGCAGUCGAAGCGAAAGGACGGCGCGCGCGAUGGCUGGUGCCGCCUCACCUCGCCAGCAGGCCAAACUGCGCAAGAAGCUGACUCACAAGGAGCACAAGCGGCUGAAAGAAAGAGAAGGGGAGGAGGAAGGGCCACAGUCGCGCCGAAAAAGAUUUAUCAAUCCCGACAAGGAAUUUGGAAAGACAAGCCUCGUCUACCAACUCAAGCACGGCGUUCUCAAGGACGAAGUGCCCGUUGAUAGCCUUCAGCAGCCUGUACGACCACGACCGCGAGACGGCUUUCGCGCCGAGCGACCAGCCCGCCGGAAUGACUCCCGUGAUACAGAUAAGCAAGCAUCAAGGCCAUGGGAAAGCUCUCGCACCGAGCGACCCGCCCGUCGAAACGAUUCCCGAGACACCGACAGGCAACCGCCACGACAGGCAAGGGAUAGACAACCGUCCGGUGGAGAUCGGGGGCGAGGGAGUGAUGCUCCAGCGCCACAACAAGGACGGGAUAGACAAUCGUUUGGUCGAGAUCGACCCGGAGACAGUCGGCCGCAGCAACGACCAGACAGACAAUCACGCGACAGGCGCCCUGAUGACGACAGAGAUUCUCCAGAAUACUCCAGCGCCGCUCGCAAGAUGAUGCCCAUGGCCAUCAAAUACACAACAGCGGCCUCGCAGUUCCUCUACGGCCGAUCCGUGGUCAAGGCCGCUCUCGAGCAGUCCCGGCGAAGACUAUACAACCUCUACGUCUACGGUGGCGAGAACCGCGUGGACUCGUACUACAACCAAUCUAUGAUUCGCCUGGCCGAGAGCCAGAGCAUCCCUGUCACCAUUGUGCCCAACGACCAGCAGCGGCUCAUGGACAAGAUGAGCGUGGGCCGGCCGCACAAUGGCUUCGUGCUGGAGACGUCGCCGCUGCCGCAGAUUCCUGUGACGGCGCUCGGCCAGCUGGAGGUAACCUCGGACCGCUCCGGCUUCCACAUUACACGCGGCCACCAGACGCGCGAGGAAGAGGCCGUCAACGGCACCAGCAGCUUCAUCUCGCGCCCGAGCGGCCGCACCCCGCAGCCGCUGGUGCUGCUCCUCCACGAGAUCCUCGACCCGGGCAACCUCGGCGCGCUCCUCCGGACGGCCAGCUACCUCGGCGUCGACGCCGUCGGCAUCACGCAGCGCAGCUCGUCGACGCUGACGCCCGUGGUGCUCAAGUCGGCCGCGGGCGCCGUGGAGGAAAUAACGCUCUUCUCCGUCGACGCGCCCGCCGACUUUCUAGAAAAGUCCAAGAGCGCGGGGUGGACCGCGUACGCGGCCGUCGCGCCGCCCGAGGGCAAGCUCGCGCGCAUGCACGGGGACAAGUUUGUCUCGACGGACGACAUUGAGGAGCGCAGCCCGCUGCUCGACAAGCCCUGCAUCCUCGUCCUCGGCAACGAGGGCCACGGCCUGCCCCGCCACAUCAAGGUCGCGGCCGACUAUGAGCUGUCGAUCCCGCGCGUCGUGCCGGACAGCUGCAUCGACAGCUUGAACGUGAGCGUCGCCGGCGCGCUGCUGGCGCAUGCCUUUAUCAAAGGCGCCAAGGUGAAGAAAGCGGAGAGCCCGUUUGACGGCAUGGCCGCGUCGCGGAGAGAGGGCAAGGAGGAUAAAUCAGAGGCGCUGUUUUGA